AUGGUAAUUGGUACGUUUCCCCUUGGCAAGGUCUUCAUUUUUACCAUGAAGCAAAUUAGCAAGCCCGUUAGCAAUUUACUGAAGAGCUAUGCCAAACACCAUCCCGUCUUCAGACGGAUCGUUUGCAUUCCACCGGGACAGUUGUACAACAACUUGGAGGUUCGCUUGCAAUUGCAUUUUCUAAAACUGAAGCAGCCGAGGCGAGUGCCGCGUCUAACACCCGCCAUGGCAACGCGAAUCGGUGCAGAUUUGCUGGGCGAGGUUAUUGUGACGAGCAUUGGAGUGUUCCUUCUGUAUUACGAGGUUACACGGCAAAGGCUGAAGGACGAAAAGAAGCACAUCAGGCACAGAGAGCAGAGGAUGAUGUUGGAGCAAAGGAUCGGAAGCCUGGACACAAGUAUAGAUCGAAACGAAAAGGAAAUCCGCAGUAUGAAGACGGCACUGGACAACGUCUCUCACUAACGCGAAAUACAAUGGUUAUUGGCGUCUUUCCGGCGGCCAAACUUGGAGUUUUGGCCAUCAAGCAGAUCAGCAAACCCAUUGCCAAUGUGCUGAAG